AUGAUGGCACAUGAAAAUCACACUUUCACCGGUGAUUUUAUUCUUUUGGGACUCUUCUCUUCUUCUCAAUCAAGUCUAGUUUUCUUUUCCUUUAUAUUCAUCAUUUUUAUUAUGACUGUAACAGAAAACACAGUCAUGAUCCUCCUUAUCCUCAGGGACUCAAGACUCCACACUCCGAUGUAUUUCCUACUGAGCCAUCUCUCUUUUAUGGACAUCUUGCAUAUUUCCAACAUUGUUCCCAAAAUGGUCACUGACUUUCUGUCAGGCAGCAGAACUAUUUCAUUUGUAGGUUGUGGCUUCCAGGUAUUUCUAUCCCUCACUCUCCUGGGUGGCGAGUGCCUUCUCCUGGCAGCAAUGUCUUAUGAUCGCUAUGUAGCCAUCUGUCAUCCAUUGCACUAUCCCAUUCUUAUGAAUGACUCUGUCUGCAUUGUCAUGGCUAGAGGGUCCUGGCUUAUUGGGACCGUCAACUCCAUAGUCCACACAGCUUAUGCACUCCACUUUCCCUUCUGUGCCUCAAGAGCUAUUGAUCACUUUUUCUGUGAAGUCCCUGCCAUGUUGAAGUUGUCCUGUGUGGACACAACACUCUAUGAACGAGGAAUUUAUGUAAGUGGCUUAAUUUUUCUGCUUGUCCCUUUCUCCCUAAUCGUUGCUUCUUAUGUCCAAAUUCUCAUUACUAUAUUUCAAAUGAAAUCAUCAGAAGCACGGAAAAAGUCAUUUUCUACCUGUGCCUUCCACAUGAUGGUGGUCACAAUGUAUUAUGGGCCAUUUAUUUUCACAUACAUGAGACCCAAAUCAUACCACACUCCAGGCCAGGACAAGUCUUUGGCAAUAUUCUAUACCAUCCUCACACCUACAUUCAACCCUAUAAUCUACAGCUUUAGGAAUAAAGAUGUCCUUGAGGCAAUGAAAAAUAUGCUCAAAACGAACUUUCUCCAUUAA